ACGCUUGACGUCGGUGGACGGGGGGGACUGCGGUGAUAAACAAACACACGCAGUGGGAAGUCCGUGUCUGUGGAUCUCCGUGGCAGCCCUUUGACAGCAGCGGCACGGGGUAGACGCAGCCUGGGUGUCUGUGGGGACACUACCGCGGACUUGGAACCGGAUUACAGACCCCGUCGCGCCGAAACCGGAGGACUUUAUCCGCCUCCCCACCUCCUCUCCUCGGACUCGGCUUAUGUGACACAUUAAGGUCGGAACGAGCGAAACAUGACGGAGCUGAGGAAGCGAGGCGGAGGCGGAGGAGACCCGGACAGCAGCGAAAAUAUCAGCGACAAGGAGACUGACGGCGAUGACAGGCUGGGCCUACAAGGUGACAUGGAGGGAGAAGGUGAUGGUGACUCCAAAGCUGACACUCCAGAUGUUCCUCUGUCCUCAGCAGACACAGAUAACACUCCACAAUGUCUGAACAAAGCUCUGGAGGGGCUGCCACCAAGAUGGAAGAAUUACUGGAUUCGAGGGGUGCUGUCCUUAGCGAUGAUAUUUGGCUUUUUCCUCAUCAUUUACAUGGGACCUAUCACUCUUAUAUUAGUGGUCAUGUCUGUCCAAAUCAAGUGCUUCCAAGAAAUCAUCACCAUCGGCUACAGAGUUUACCAUUCCUAUGAACUGCCCUGGUUCAGAACACUAAGCUGGUACUUCCUGAUUUGUGUUAAUUACUUCUUCUAUGGGGAAACUGUAGCCGAUUACUUUGGGGCUCUGGUGCAGAGGGAGGAGCCUCUGCAGUUCCUGGCUCGCUAUCACCGCUUCAUCUCCUUCGCUCUGUACCUUGCAGGUUUCUGCAUGUUUGUGCUGAGUUUAGUGAAGAAACAUUACCGCCUGCAGUUUUAUAUGUUUGCUUGGACCCAUGUGACCCUGUUGAUUGUGGUAACUCAGUCCCACCUUGUCAUUCAGAACCUGUUUGAAGGAAUGAUCUGGUUUAUUGUCCCCAUCUCCAUUGUCAUCUGCAAUGACAUCAUGGCCUACCUGUUUGGAUUCUUCUUUGGGAGAACUCCACUGAUCAAACUUUCACCCAAAAAGACCUGGGAGGGCUUCAUCGGAGGCUUCUUCUCCACUGUGGUGUUUGGUUUCAUCCUGGCCUACCUCCUGUCCCAGUUCCAGUACUUCGUGUGCCCUGUGGGCUACAACAGCGAGACCAACAGCUUCACCAUUGAAUGCGAGCCCUCGGAUAUCUUUGUGAUGCAGGAGUACACCCUGCCCGCUGCCAUACAGAACACACUACGAUGGAAAACUGUAAACCUGUACCCGUUCCAGAUCCACAGCAUCUUCCUGUCAUCCUUCGGGUCUCUCAUUGGGCCUUUUGGUGGUUUCUUUGCCAGUGGCUUUAAAAGAGCCUUUAAAAUCAAAGACUUUGCCAAUACCAUCCCAGGUCACGGUGGCAUCAUGGAUCGCUUUGACUGUCAGUACCUGAUGGCCACAUUUACACAUGUAUAUAUAGCCAGCUUCAUCAGGGGACCCAAUCCCAGUAAAGUGCUUCAACAGUUGCUGCUUCUUCAACCUGAACAGCAGCUCAGCAUCUUCCACACUCUUCAGUCCCACCUGCGAGACAGGGGCAUGUUACCAGCGGCCCCCGCCCACCAUGACUGAACAGCCAUAUCUGUGCUCCACCUUUCACAGUAGUGUCUCCACACCUGAGAUUACUCUGCAAACUACAAGGAAAAACACACUCAGCAGCUUCAUUGCUUUCCACUUGGACUGGCACAUCAAAAACAACGCAAGACAAACGCAGGCAUCCGGUACGUUCGCAACAAGACAUAAAAACAUAUUCCAGAACAAAUGUAAGUCUCAAGCACAUGGCUUUUUGAGCACAGGCAGACGAUGGAUGUGCUGUUUCCUUGUGGACAGCAAAUAUUGCACUGACUUUAGUUGAACAAACAGAAUUCAGAAGCUUUUACCAGCAGAAACCGGGCCCACGGCGGUGGGUAUUAAGGACCUGAGUUACAGCAAAAAAGACUUGAUUGUGGGUUUUGGGUUCGGACGAGGUCAGGACGCAGCAGGGACGGAUAAACAUACUAUAGACACUGUUUUAUAAAUGAACUUCUAUUUAAUUGUCUGAACCUCACAGCAUUAAAAAACACAUGUAGCAUGUUCCACAGUCCCGUCUUGGACAACCGCUAAACAAAGCCAUGUUUAUUCUCUCUUAACUUUUAGCUCGCACAGUUGUCAAUAUGUUUGACCGUAGGCAUGUUAGUGCAGAUAAUUAGAGCAGCAGCAGCGCACCAUAAUGCUCAACACAAUGUAUUGUACAUAAAUAUAUUUAAAUAUUUAAGGAUAUUUAGCUCAACAAAUACCAAAUAUAUAAUUAACUAUUGAUCUGCUGGAGAAAAAGAAAACACUUUUAGGCAAUGAGUAAUAUGCAAAAAAACACUAAUAAAUAAAA